CACAGCAGUCAGCAGUCACUCGCCCGACCUGCGUCUUGGCCAGUCGCUCGGAAUGUUGGCGUCGAGCGCGUUGCCCGUGCUGCUCGUGGCGGCGGCCGUGGCGCUGCACGUCGGCGCCGCCGAAGAGGACCCUUACGAGGACGAUGACUACGACGAGGAGGACUACCCUGUCGAGGAGGCCGCCACGAUCCGCAGCACCACCGAAGAGGACUGGCCGACCACCUUUGACCUGCCGACCACUCAAGACCCUACCGAGGUCAAUUUGUUGAAGGUCAACGCGACCGAGGGGCUGGAGGAUGCGGACGAGAGGGGGCUGCAUAGUUUGCUGGGAGGCGAAAACCACGAGGAGACCAAACGGGCCGGCUCGACGCAGGCCAAAGGGGCGGCCACCAUCACAAAGGCCAUGCAUUCGAAACCGGUCAAGGCAAAGGAACGUUCCAGAGGGCACAACCGCCAGACCAUCGAUUCAGACGAAGCGACCAACUCGAUUUGGGGCUACAACCCAACGACACCGAUCGACCCUGAUGAGGAGGACCAGCACUUUAAAAAGGUCAUCACUCCCUAUAAUCUCGUAACUCGUCGUCCUCAUUUCUCCGCGAAAGAGUCUGCGGAAAAAAUUGCACAUAAAGGAAAGCAGCAGGAACUUUCUGCCGACUUGAAAUUACAACUUCAGAAGCUCGACUUCUAUUUCAUGCAAUUGAUGGUGCUGGCGGAAGACUGCAGACGCCGCCUGCUCUGCGAGGUCGCCGACCAUCCUGCUGAUUUCCAACCUUUGUCCUUCGUCCUCAUGGAAGAAACAAGUUUCAAGGGAGAUUAUGAAAGCAUGCGAGUCGCUUUGAUGAGUUCAACAGAAGGGGCCCGUCUGCUCAGCUACUUAGAGGCCACAGCUAGCGGCCAAGACAGGUCUCGCGGCUGCAGCGGCUUCAUCUAUCGUUGUCCGACGAAAGCGCACGACAUGCUGGACAUGGAGGCGUUGGCCCUGUGGCGUGACAUGGUCCGCUGGAUGAGCGUGCAGGUCGUGGCCCUUCGCCCAGCAGCCACUUGACGACACGCCCCGCCGAGGCCGGCUGCCAGCGACCUGCGCACAGCCUCGGUGGUCAACAAUCUUCUUUCCAACCACAUCAGCCGCAUGUACAAAACGCAGCCAUAAAGGAAAAUCCCCAAAAAAUGUUCAUAAUUUCCAGAAAUUGAGUUGGUCUUAAUCUAAUUUUUUGUAGCUAAAAUUUUAUUAAGCCAUUUUAGCAUCAUGUUUUGAUUUUUUUUUUAAAUUUUUUUUAUCACAUUAUGAAUAAUGAGUUUUUUAACUAAAAUAUGCAAUUUGAACCCAUGGCAAAAAUCAUAUCACAUUUUAUUAAAUUUUCCAUGGGGUAAUAGCAAGAUGAAAAUUUUAAAGUUAUAAAUCACAAAAAAAUAAUUUUAGUUUACAUUUAGUUAUUGACUGAGAUUUUUUAAUUGUUAAAAAUUUAUUUAAACAUUUAUUUUGUAUGUUUGUAAAACGUUAUUUUUACUGAAUUCAACCAAUUUCUGAAUUUUUUUUUUCCUGACAGAACUUAAUUCUGCAAAAAUAUCUCUGAUGAAAAUGGUUCCAUAAAAAUUUAUUUUACUGCAAAUAAUUCUUACUGUGUGAUCUGAAAACAUAUCAAGUCCUAUACAUAUCCAAUUUCUAUUGGUGUUGCCAGCUUGUGAAAAUCGAUCGUAUAAUUUUCAUUCGUUUGAUCAGUAAAAUUAUAUGUAAAUAUUUACAUGUACACAGCUGUUGUGUAGACAAAGGAUCACAUUAUUAAAACUGCCUAUAGUGAGACAUUAACUGUGAUGCACCUGCAAAAUCGCCCAAUCCAUUCGUAGAAUGUUUAUUUACGUCUGUUGCUCAAUUUGCCAGGGAGUUUAUAACACGAGCCUGUAUACACGCUGUUUGUUUGUCUUUGCGCGUGAGGCGCCCGAGGUCAGCAAGCUAAUUAAAUCGAGCGUAACAAAAGCAACCCUUUGUGCUCAAAUUCCACUCACAAUCAAGAGCCCACAGGCAUUUUACGCUCGCUUCAAUUUGCGAAAGUUUUCCUGGUAAUUGUCCUUGAGUUGCCACUCGAGAUUCAAUAUCAGAGAGAAGUAUUUGAUAUCCGAGAGAAAACCUAUUCUUUGUACGCGACUAGUUUCUAAUGAUGCACUUGGAAGUAAUCUCUGCACAUCCUCUUUACUUUGACUCCUUUCUUCCAUUUGCAAACGAAAUGGUUGCAGUGAAAAAGCAAUAACUGUCAGUGUACGAACAGUAGGAAAUUAUAUAAAUUAUGUAUGAGAUUAAAGAGAUUUAUUAAUAUUUAAAACAGAGACACUUAUAUAAUCUAUAAUCAAGCACGACUAUUGUAAGCGAAAUUCAAUCAAUGUGAUGUUAACUUAUAAAUCUGUUUUGAUCUUAUAGAUUAAAUAUUUCAACAUUUAGGGAUAUAUUGCAAAUUAAAAAAAAUAUCAGAGAAAUGUUAUUGUCGUGCUAUACUAGGAGGAUAAAUAUAUGUACAAAGUUAA